AUGAAAGCAACGAUGUUUAUCCAUCUAGCAAUGGCAUUGUGCUUAGUGGAAGUAGUGAUACAGAAAUAUUCAAGAACUGGAAACGUUAAAUAUUUAAAUCACGAGCUUAAAUUUGUAAAAGGUGAUCUAAACAAUAAAUCAAUCUAUUGGAGUUUAGAUAGUAACCGUAAGAAUGUUUAUAGAAUAAGGUUUGGAAGACACUACUUGGAUGUAUCUAGAAAAGGCGCAACAUUAAUUAAAAAGGAUGGGGGAGAAGCCCUUGAAAAGUUCAGUGAAGAACAAAGAUUAACCGAAAUUAAAAACUAUUUGGAUAAACAAAAUACCGAAAACGAGCAGAAGACUAAACCCACAGAUGAACAAGGAAGUGAAGAGCGAGAAGGUAACACUACAAUGGAUUCUGACGUGAAGACUGGAACAUCGACAUCAAAACAUGAAAAUUCCGGGGCCAGUGGCACAGCAUCAAAAAUAGUACGUGAUCCUAUAAUCGAAAAAAGUUCUAGACUGACAGAUGGUUUUAUUGAUUCACUAACCCCAGAAUUCCUAAGCCAUUUGACAGAAAAUGAAACGUAUGAAAUAAGCACAGCAUUUGAUAAGAACCAAACAUCAACACUUAAGGAAAACAAUGAGGAUGAUGAUAAAAAAGAGAUAGAAACAAACAAAAAACCAAAGAUAGAAGUGAUAAAAUCAUCAAAAAACGUGAAAGAGUCAAAUUUAGUUGAUAAGAAAGAGUCAACCAAAACUGAAACAGCACAAAACACUAGCGGGAACCAAUCAACGGGAGGAAGAACACGAAGAAAUGGAUUUGUUUUCGAAUUGUUUCCAGUCUUUAUGCAUACACUUGAUAAAAAAAUUUUAAUAUUAGUUGGUGAAAAAUGUUUAACACAAAGCUUAAAAUUUGAAAAAUGCAAUUUCGAUGAUUAUUGGAAUCUUAGCGAUGAGUUUUACUGGAACAUUUUUAAAGUUGAGAACGUCAACUUCCUUGAUGGUCUAAAAAAGAUGAUAGAUGAUAAAGCUAAAAACAAUGAUGAUGUAAAACGCAAUCAAUUUGCAAAAACAGAAAAUUGUCCAAAUCCUUGUCCAGAAGGCGAUUGCCAGAGCGGUGACGAAGAUGGUGAUGAGUCAAAAAGUAUAAUGCAUCCUGCUGAUCAACCAAUAAAUCCUCAGUUUAAUCCUAAGGCUGGGUCGUUAAUGCCAGCUAUGGCUCAUCCACCAAUGGCUAAUCCUAUGAUGGCAUCAGGUAAUAUAGGAAUGCGACAGUUGCCAGCUCAGCCCAUCAAUACACAGAAUGUAGCACCUGCCAGUAACCAAAUAACUUUGACUAAAGAGCUGAUGGACAAAUUACUUGAGGCUGCUAGGGAGAGGUAG